UAAGUUAAAACAACAAAAGUGAAUUUUAAGUCAAACACAAAUAUACGGACAUAAAAAAACUAUCACAAAAACAAACAAAAUAUUUUAAUGAAUGAUAUUCAAGAGCUGUGAUGGAUUUGAACAACAUUUUCAUGUACUUUGUGCUUCUUGGCAUACUUUAGAUACUCGGAGCGUCACAAUUGUUUGCCCAACCGAUCGCAAGAAAUGACACUAAAAUACAGAGUCCUCCCCCUACUGAGGCUACAAUGGCUCACAACGGCAGUCACUUUAAUCGAAGCACUGCUGAGAAGGUUGCCAAGCAAGCCAAAAGCAAAAUAUUUCCUGCAGGCUUCACAGUCAAAGCUGAAGCUAAUCCUUCGAGAGGAGUGACUGCAUCAAAAGACGCUAUAAGGGAGGCAACUACAGACCAGAAACAAACUAAAACUUCUGAUUUGAAGCGCCAUGGAAGACGGAUUAGAAAACACCCGACUAAAGGUACCGAGUGGAGCGUAUCAGUGCCAAUCUAUUCACGUGAUCGAUAUGGUCAGUGGAUUGAUAAUCCAUGGGCUGUGACCUUUGGCGAUGUCUUUCUGGAUACGCAUUUCGCUCCACGUGCUAGGCACACUUUGGGUCGGGUUCUGAUCAAUUCGAAUCCCGUCAAAAACUAUUACCCGUUCAGUGGAAAUGCCAGUACGGUGUGUAUCAACCAAUCAACCGUUUAUGGCGACAUCAAAGUGGAAAAAUGGCUGGAGACGCAUAUAUUUACCACAAAAUUACAACGACGUCCCUUCUACAUGGAACUGCGAAAAGAUAUUUUCAAGGAUGCCAAUUCGGAGGAGUGUCAUAAGCCCGAAUAUUCAGAUUGGAGGGAGUACCAAGAGUGUGCUCUGCGACGUAAUCAACGAAUGGAAAUGAACAUUCCAAAUUAUCCAUUGCAUCAAAUCAUUAAAGAUAAACGAAUAAACUAAUUAAUUAAUUGACAAAUACUAAA